UUCAAUAUGGGAUCUUCAAAAAGUUUUACAUACCGUAAAAGAUUUAGUUUUCAAAGUCAUAGACAAUAGUCAGUCAUAGUAGUCCUCCCUAAGUUUGGUAAAAUGAAAACUUCAGACGAGGACUACGCUGCCGAAUUGCAACAAAAGUUUGAUGAAGAAGAUAGAAGGCAGAAGAAGAUGGAGGAACAAGACAAGAAGCUAGCAUUGGCCCUUUCAUUAGGUCAUGAAAUAUCUGGGUCAGAGGAUGAGGAUGUUUCCUGUCAAGUCAAAAAGAAAUAUAAUUCUCCAAGAACUCCUAAAACUAGGUCAACUUUGGAGAUAUCUGACUCAGAUUCUGAUCUUGAAGAAGCAUCUUCAAGUGGAGUAAAUGUAAAAAACUCACCAAGAACUAAUGACAAGAAUGCGUUGAACAAGCGGUCUAGUAGUAGUCCUAAUAAAUCACUUCUCCAAGGUUCUUAUAAAAUCCCAAAGAAGAACAAAUCGAGUGAUGAUUCCCAAAGGAAGAGAUCUGAUAGUAAAGGUAUGCAUGGUAAUUGUAAGAAAUCACAGAUAGACGAAAGGAAUAUAACAGAUCCACGACCUCACUGCCAGUACGGAAGAAAAUGCUAUCGAAAAAAUCCAUUUCAUCGCCAGGAAUUUUACCACACAGAUUCCAGCGAUGAAGAAACUAACCACACAAGAUCAAAGAAAAGAAAGAAAGAUGAUGUUGAACAAGGAGAAUCAUCAAAGAAGAGGAAAAAAGAAGUAAAUGACAAACACUCAACAGUUCUUGAUGUCAUAGAUGCUGCAACACCAUUGUCAUUCUUUAUGACCAAAGUCACAGGAAUUGCUUCAAAAUAUAACAAUACAGCUGUACAUAUAUCAGAACUGCUGUCCCCAGCAAUGGGUGAUCUUGAGGCAUCGGUGCAAUUUAAUUACAUGCAUGAUAUUCCAUGGCUAAUGCAGCAAUACCAUCCAAAAUUCAGGUCUAAGCCCCUGCUUUUGGUGCAUGGAGAGCAACGAGACAGCAAGAAUGCCCUUCACGAAGAGGCUUCAAAUUACCCAAAUAUUAGGCUCUGCCAGGCUAGGCUAGAGAUCAUGUAUGGCACACACCAUAGUAAAAUGAUGAUUCUGUUGUACAAAGAUGGACUGCGUGUUGUGAUACACACAGCAAACCUAAUCCAUUCAGACUGGCAUCAAAAAUCGCAAGGAGUUUGGAUCAGCCCACUUUUUCCAAAGCUAAGUCACAAAUCACCUACUCCACAAAUGGGAAACUCUGCAACAAAUUUUAAAGUUGACUUACUAGAAUACAUUGCAGCCUAUAAGACCAAGGGCCUAUCAGAAUGGCAGGGACAUCUAUUACAGCAUGACAUGACAGAAGCAAGAGUUCAUAUUAUUGCAUCUGUGCCAGGUCGGCAUCAAGGAGAGAGCAAAAUGAAGUGGGGACAUAUGAAAAUGAGAAAGAUAUUGAAAGAUCAUGCAGAUGGUCAAGCUAAGAACUGGUCUGUAAUUGGUCAGUUUUCCAGUGUAGGCUCAUUGGGUCCAGAUAAAAAUAAAUGGUUAUGUGCCGAAUGGCUAGGAAGCUUAAGUACAACUCCAAGUGGAAGGACUUCAAAUCCAUCUCUUCUUAAGCUGAUAUUUCCGUCAGUUGACAAUGUCCGUUUAAGCCUAGAGGGUUACCCUGCUGGGGCCUCUCUACCUUACAGUGCAAGAACUGCUGUUAAACAGCAGUAUUUUAAUGAGUUUUUACAUCAGUGGUGUGCCACCAAGAGAGGGCGCUCCAGGGCAAGUCCACAUAUCAAGACAUAUGCCAGGGUCUCUCCAGACCAUACUAAAAUUUCUUGGUUUGUAGUCACUAGUGCUAAUUUAUCGAAAGCAGCGUGGGGAGCUCUGGAAAAGAAAGAAGCUCAGUUAAUGAUUCGAUCUUAUGAAAUUGGUGUACUCUUUUUACCAAAACAUUAUAAUCCAAGUGGUGAUGGGUAUUUUACAGUUGAAGAUUCUGAAAGUGGAGCUAAAAGGCUAAGCUUUCCUCUGCCUUGGGAUUUACCUCUGAUGCCAUAUCAAGCAAAAGAUUCGCCAUGGGUAUGGGAUGUUCCACAUACUGAGAAGCCGGAUUCUAAUGGAAAUGCAUGGGUGCCAUCCUAAUUACCUAUUCCGGAAAAAUUGUUUGCCAAGUUCGUUCAGAUCCAAUAUUACGAUCACAUUUUACUUAAUUUGAAUAAGCCUAAAACCAACAGGCUUGAGUGCACUAUGGUGUUAAAGUGUUGUGUUCAAGGUUGUAUUAGUUGGGUGUAUCUAGGCCUACUGUAAGCUAGCCUUCUGUAUGAGACUGAAUUUAGGGGAUGAAGGCCAUGCUUUUAUGGGAGUGAACAUCUUCAUCGGCUUCAUUUGACUUUUACUGUACAUUCCAUCUACUGUAUAUUUUAAUAACAAUAAUAAUUUUGUCUUAUAUAGCACAUUAUGCUAAAGCCUGAAUGUGCUUAACAAUAAUAAUGAAAAUUCCAGGGGAAAAAAUUUAAGGAAAGUACUGUACACGUUAAAAAGGUGAGUUUUUAAAGCUGCCUUAAAAUCAACAAUGGAAGUUGCCCGUCGGAUUGUAAUAGGCAAAGCAUUCCAAAGACAGACAGAAGACAUGAAUUCUCAUAGUAGGUCACAGAAAUGAUAUACUUUAUUCUAUAUUCAGUAAAAUAAAGUAGCAUAAAGAUGUAUUAUUCAUCACCAACUACUGUACUUAUUUCAUUUGUAUUUCAUUAUAGUUAGUGUAUUAUUAUUAUUAUUAUUAUUAUUAUUAUUAUUAUUAUAAUUGAUCGGUUUAGGCCGAAGUACAAUGAUAUGCGAAGCAGCGAAACUUCAUCACUAUUUUAAGUGGCAUAUAUCCCUUCACAAGACAAAGAUACAAAAUGCUCUACAUAAACUAAGUCUCAUUAUGAGGAUUUGGGAUUGAAGCUAGCUAGC